AUGUCGGAACAGCCAUCGACGUCUGGCGCACAGGCCGCUGCGAACGAAGCGCCGCUGUCGGCGCUCAGCACCUCUACGCUCGGUGCGGCUCCUAAGCGUGUGCGACAUCGCGAGGAACAGAUCGAGUCGGCCUACGAGCUCCAACGUAAUGCGGCAAUGAAAGGCGCAUUGUUGUACACGGCGCUUGGAGCAUCGACAUGUUUCAUGGCACACCACCUCUUCCCUGGGUUUCGUCGACAAACUCUCGCGUUGAAGGGAUUCCUCACGUCGGGCGCCACGAUCUUUGGCUUUGUGGUGGGCGCGGAUACGGUGCUGCUGAGCCACGAAUCGCAGCAGCGCAGCGAGGAGAACAUGGUGCGCAGCCGGGCGCGUGCCGAGCUUGGAAAGAAGGGCAUCGUGGCGAGCGAAAAGGAGAUCGAAAAGUGGAAGGACGAGUACAUUCAACUCAAACUAGAGGAACGCAGAAAGAGGAGAGAGCAGCUGUUGAAAGAUAUGGAACAGUCAGACGACGCGGCAGCAUCUCCACCACCAGCUUAA